ACGACAUGAACAUCACUCAGCGGCUGACGAGUUCUGUAGCAAGGUGGAAAUAGUACUGCCUACUGGUGCUUGAAAAGUAUCUUUUUAUUUUUUCUCCCACUUUCUCUCUCUGUGUAUAUAUAUACAUAUAUAUUGUGCGAAGUAUUGGAAUAUGGAGAAACAAGAAGAUGCUAGUAACGAUGCUGAUGACAGAGAUAUACCGCAACUGGAAACAUCCAUGCGAAAAAACCACGGAAAAUGCAGUUUUUUCUACACAACCAGGUUUAAGUUAUACUGCAGCCGAGCUCUUUCGUCAUGGGGAGAUCGUAUGUGGUCCUUUGCUGUUGGCUUGUACUUCAUAAAGCUUUAUCCAGAAUCUCUUAGACUGGCAGCAAUUUAUGGCUUUACAGCAAGUUUAGCCAUAAUUAUUUGUGGUGCUCCUAUUGGCAGUUGGAUAGAUAAAACAGCUCGUUUGAAAGCUGCUAGGAUGUCACUGAUUAUUCAAAAUGGUGUUGUUGUUAUAUGUGCUACUAUUUUAUGCCUGGUCUUGAUCUUUGAGGAAAAUCAAGUGCAAGCAUUGAAGAGAUGGUUUGAGGUCAUCUGUCAAAUGAUUGUAGUUGUGCUUGCUGUUAUUACAAGAUUGUCUAGCAUGGCCACAGCUAUCUGUAUUGAAAAAGAUUGGCCUGUUGUAAUAGCAGCUGGGAGAAAGGAUAACCUUGCAGAAAUAAAUGCAGCUACAAGACGUAUAGACCUAGUGUCAAAGCUGUUGGCUCCUUUAGUUGUGGGUCAGGUGAUGACCAUUUCCAUGGUGACAGCAGCAAUCUUCCUGGCCCUGUGGAACAUUCUAUCUGUUGCUGUGGAAUACUGGUUACUUUGGCUGAUUUACCAAGGAUGUCCACAGUUAGCUUUAAAAAGGAACAAGCGUCAGGAGAAAAAAGACAUGGAUUCCGAAGCUGAUGAACCAACAGUUAUGAAAUCCACCUCUAGGAGACGUUGCCCCUCUUGUAUUAGGUAUUUCCAUGGGUGGCAAACAUAUUUCCAACAAGAAGUGUUUCCUGCAGGAAUUGGAUUGGCCCUACUGUAUAUGACAGUCUUGGGAUUUGAUAGCAUUACUGUUGGGUAUGUUUAUACACAGGGGGUGUCAGAAGGAAUGAUGGGAGGAAUGAGUGGUUUGACUGGGCUUGUGGGUGUACUUGGAACAUUAUGCUAUCCUCAACUUCGCAACAGGAUUGGCCUGGAGAGGACAGGGCUGUUUGGAUAUUUUCUAGAAGUGACUUGUCUGAUAUUUUGUGUAGCAUCAGUAUGGGCACCAGGUAGUCCAUUUGAUCCAUUCUUCACUGGACAUCCUAAAGAGAGAGUCAGUGACCUACAUGAGAAGUUAAACCUUACUCAUACACAGCUGAUUGUUUUCAACAGUUCUGGAGAAAUGAGUUCUGUGGCCAUCUGGGAAACAACUACUGGUCAACCUGAAAAUUCUUCAUUCAUUGCAACUGCUGGUGUAAAGCUAGAGAGCUCCAGCCAUCAGGAAUAUACAGCUGUUGCACUCUUUCUUACUGGAAUUAUAAGUGCAAGAUUUGGCUUGUGGAUUGCUGACCUGACUGUGAACCAAAUUUUCCAGGAACUGGUAGAAGAGACAGAGCUGGGGGUCAUCAAUGGGGUACAAUAUAGCACCAAUAUGACCAUGGAUCUUUUGAAAUUUCUUUUGGUUAUUGCAGUCCCUUGGAUAGAGACUUUUGGAAUUUUAGUGAUUUUGUCCUUUAUCUUUGUCUGCUUAGGAUGGAUUUCCUAUGCUGUCUUCUCAAGAAAGCGACGUGGUCACUUGUUCCACUUUGAGUUAUUCUCUCCUUGUGCUACCCAGUGUGCUAGCCACCCCCACUUUCAUCAUCAUCCCCACCCCCCAUUUCUUUUUGGCAUGCCUUUAGAAGUAGAGGCGAUAAAACAGCCACCAGAGCUGCAUCAUUCCAAUGAAAUGCAGGAGACACCAAGUUUUGAAGAAAUAGAUCUGUGUGAUGACCAUGCUCAUGUUCAGGAGAUAACCACUUCCACAAGUAAAGAAGGUCCUCUGGUCAGAUUCACCAGGUUCUGGACCAGGAAAGAUGUUAAAAAUAACAAUACACAAGCUCAAAAUGGUGACCCUGUGAAUCUCCCACUACAUUCAUCACAAGAUGAAUCAUCUGUUUAAGCUACAUUGAAUUGCUUAUUCAGGUUUCAGUGAUUCAAUUGUAUAAGCUAAAUUGAGCUUCUUUUUUUUCUAAGCUUAAUUUAACUUUAAGGAUCUAAUUAUUUCAAUGAUAGACCAAGUUGGUUUUAUGAGUUGUUACAUAAUUAAUUUACACUACUUUAAAGGUUGUACUAUGUGUUGGCCAAGUUGAUGUUGUUAGCUUAAUUUCUCUUGGGAUUUAAGAAUGGUUUACUACUUGAGCUUUAAAAACUUGCAUAUGUUGGGUUUCAAGGUUUGCACUUACUAUUAUUGAACUUGGACCCCAGUGUGUGUUAAGUUGGAGUGAGCUUUAAGGAUUAAAAUCUUUAUAAACUGGGUUUAAUGGGUUGUUCUCUUUCUAGGUCUUAGAGCAGUGGUUCUUAACCUUAUUUGGCUGCAACCCAAAUUCUGGCUGCAAGGCUAGCUCAGUGACCCAUGACUUCAAAUAGACCCCCUGGCACAGUCACUGGAGAGCCUUGGUGACCCAUUUUUGGGUCACAACCGAAGAGUUAAGAACUACUGACGACUUAGAAAAUAAAGUGUACGUUCUAUGUUAAGCUAUAUAUAAAUUUAUGUUGUUAUUUAAUCUUAGUUUGUUGUGCUGUGUAGAGGCUAAGGUAAAUUUUAAAGCUUUCAAAGGCUGUUUGUUGAUUAAAUUAAAUUUACCUGUUGAACAGCUUUUCCCCCAGUUGUUAUAAGAUCAUUGGACCAUGAUUAAAGAAGAACAAGAAGUUACUUUAAAAGUUUAAUACUAUUAUAUUUUGUUUAAUAAUUUAUAUAGAUGACUUUACUUAUUUUCAUAUACAAGGAAUUAAUGGCAAUUUAGUUUCUUGUGAUUUUUACAAGUAAAACUUUUUAUGUUGUGAUAAUAAAUUUAGUCAUGUAUGUUAUGUUGAAAAGAUUUUAUAACUUGGCUGAUUGUUGAUGUGUAUGAAUAAUUCUGGAAUAGAUACCAAAAUCUUCAGAGCUACGCAGAACAAAGGUUAUGAGAUAGAAAAUUUGAUCUUCAUGUAUCAAUAAUGAACAAUUGCUUUUCAACAAGAUUUUUUUCUUCUUGUUUCCUAAGAUUCAUGAUUAGAAAAGUUUAUUUAAGACCAGUGGAGCUUAACAGCAUGAGGCAAAACAGAUAUAAGAUCAAAUAUUUUAGUUUAGUUUGUUUUAUUUCUCCAAUUUUACAAUAAAAAUUGGUGAAUAGUUCAGCAACUUGAACGUUUGCCAUAAAGAUGUAAAGAUUCACGUCUGAUUAUUUUCUUGUGAAGUUAGUGUGACCUUUUUGCCAACUGUAUAUACUAAAAUGUUUAUCAAUAAAUUUUCUGGUAUGCAGGGGGUGGGGGACACUUAAAUUUAUUUAGGUUACUAUAUGGUGAGUUAAAAAGGACAUAUAACCCCCAUAAAUAUUAGAUACACAUUACCAUUAUAAGAGGCCUAACUAUAUUUCUUUGAUUUGCUAACCCAAGAUGUACUGAUGAACCUUGAAUAAGUGAAACUGCAGUCCACAUCAGAGGGUGCAGCAAAUCAAAGAAUGCAUUAGGUCUCUAUGUCACAG